CAAGAGAGAUCGUUAGGCUGGGAGUGGUGGCUCUCGCCUAUACUCCCAGCGCUUUGGGAGGCUGAGGUGGGAGGCGUGCUUCAGUCUAGGAGUUCAAGACCAGCCUGGGCAACAUAGCAAUAUUCUUUCUUUACAAAAAAUUAAAUCAGUAGGGCAUGGUGGUGCGUGGCUGUGGUCCCAGCUCGGGAGGCUGAGGCAGGAGGAUCACUUGAGCCCAGGGGUUUGAGGCUGCAGUGACCUAUGACUGCACCACUGCUCUCCAGUCUGGGUGACAGAAAGAGACUGUGUUUCAAAAAAAAAGAAAAAAGAAAAGAAAAAGAGGCCGGGCACGGUGGCUCACGCCUGUAAUCCCAGCAGUUUGGGAGGCCGAGGCGUGUGGAUCACGAGGUCAGGAGAUCGAGACCAUCCUAGCUAACAUGGUGAAACCCCGUCUCUGCUAAAAAUACAAAAAAUAGCCGGGCAUGGUGGCGGGCGCCUGUAGUCCCAGCUACUCGGGAGGCUGAGGCAAGAGAAUGGCAUGAAUCCAGGAGACAGAGCUUGCAGUGAGCUGAGAUCACGCCACUGCACUCCAGCCUGGGCAACAGAGUGAGACUCAGUCUCAAAAAAAAAAAAGAAAAGAAAAAAAAAAAGAAAAAGAUCGUUAGACACCCAUUGAGCAUAGCCAGGGCAUUGACGGAGGACUAAGGAAGCCUCCCUCACCUCUGAGGCAGACCGUCCUGGGUUGGGUCUGGCCAGUGACUAAUGCAGAACUUUCUUCAUCCCAGGGGAUGCCUAAAGGAAGGGCACACAUGGAGAGCAGACACCAAGGCACUGAAGUCAAGGGGCUUGGCCCAGGCCACGUGGUGAGGGAGGGACAGAAGAAAGAGCCAAGCCAUUCUCUCAGUUAAUAAGCAUUGAAUGAAACUAGGCGCAGUGACUCAUGCCUGUAAUCCCAGCACUUUGGGAGACCAAGGCAGGUGGAUUACUUGAGGUCAGGAGUUUGAGACCAGCCUGGGCAACAUAGUGAAACCCCAUUAUCUCUCAAAAAAAAAAAAAGAAAAAAAAAAGAAAGAAAUUAGCUAGCCAGGCGCUGUGGCUCACACCUGUAAUCCCAGCACUUUGGGAGGCUGAGGCCAGCGGAUCACGAGGUCAAGAGAUCGAAACCAUCCUGCCCAACAUGGUGAAACCCUGUCUUUACUAAAAAUACAAAAAUUAGCCGGGCGUGGUGGCACUCGCCUGUAAUCCCAGCUACUUGGGAGGCUGAGGCAGGAGAAUCACUUGAACCUGGGAGAUGGAGGUUGCAGUGAGCCAAGAUCGUGCCACUGCCCUCCAGCCUGGCGACAGAGCAGGACUCCAUCUUUAAAAAAAAAAAAAAUUAGCUAGGUGCGGUGGGUGGCCUGUGCUUGUAGUCCCAGCUACUUGGGAGGCUGAGGCAGGAGGUUGGCUUGAGCCCUGGAGGUGGAGGCUGGAGUGAGCUAUAUGAUCUCGCCACUGCACACCAGCCCGGGCAACAGAGUGAGAUCCUGUCUGAGAAAAACUCCAGGUGCAGUGGCUCAUGCCUGUAAUCCCAGCACUUUGGGAGGCCGAGGCGGGCAGAAGUCAGGAGAUUGAGACCAGCCUGGCCAACAUGGUGAAACCCCGUGUCUACUAAAAAUACAAAAAUGAGCCGGGCAUGGUGGUGUGCGCCUGUGAUCCCAGCUACUCGGAAGGCUGAGGAAGGAGAAUUGCUUGAACCUGGGAGAUGCAGGUUGCAGUGAGCCGAGAUCGCGCCACUGCACCCCAGCCUGGGCGACAGAGUGAGAAUAAAAGCACUGAAUGAGGCCUCUUUUGAGCUAGGUUCUGGGGUGAAAACGCUGUGAACACAACAGUGACAAGAACGACCCAAGGCCCUGCCUUACAGGGCUUAGUCCGGUGUGGGUAGACAGCCCCAUCCUCAGACAGUGACAGCCCCGACUGGUCAGGGCUGUGGGGCCCAGGCUGAGUGGCUGGGGCUGUGUUGGGGAAGGGGAUGCUACUGCGCAGGCGCUGCGGGAGGCCACUGGUGCUCAAGCACCUCGGAUUCCCGCUCAUACAGCCGGCCGGAUCAUGUGGCAGUCAGGUGGCGACCACUAUCUAGCCCAACGCCACUGCCUGGAUGGCAGCACCCUCGUGCCUGCAGGCGCCUUCUCUGGUGAUGGUGCCCCUGCUGCAGGCAGGGGGUGACUUGCAACUGCAUGACCAGCGGGGUCGCACACCACAAGACUGGGCUGAGCAGGGUGGGGCCAAGCAGAACUGGGAGUUGCUGGAGUUGUUGCAGCUCUGCCGGGCCCACAUAUCAGUGUUCGUGCAUGAUGGUGAGUUGCCACCCAUGGCAUCUCUGGACCGGUUGCAGGCCAGAUUUGGGAACAGCCUGCCUGGCUCCCUGUCCUCCCUGAGGCUGAUGCAGGCAGACAGCCUCCUGUGGAUGGGUCACAAAAUGACUGUGCAGCAGCCGAAGGCCCCUGGAAGCCAGACAGAUGUGCUACUGGCUGACCUUCAGCACUGCAGGUACCUGUGCCAGCCCCCAGCCCGGCCUCCUGUUGGCCCUCCCACGGAAGACAAGGGUGUGUGGCCAUAGUCAUGGCCAGAAUCUUCACUUCUGGGCCAGCACCCAGCAUAGAGCCCUUCUGCUGGGGCGAUCCCCCCACUGGAAAGUGGGUGGGUACCAGUUGUGUGUGCAAUGCCCUGUAGGCCUGAGAGGA